AUGUCUCAACGCCCGAGCACUCAUGUGCCCGCUGUGCGUGUUGAAGCCGAGAAGUCUCUCGGUAUCACGCAGCGCUCGGCCGCUAUCAACUUUGCUUGGACCGGCGACAUCCGCAAGCGCUACACCGAUUUUCUUGUCAAUGAAAUCCAGCAGGAUGGCACUGUUCUCCAUCUCCGCGACUUUGAAGGCGGCGCGAUUCCGCCUUCCGCUUCGGUUCUGAGUGACCGGACCAACAACUCCUCCAAGAAGUCCGAGGCGAAGCCCGAUAACAAACAGAAUGAUACCAAGCCAGACGAGAUUAAGGACGAGACCAAGCAGAAUGAAACCAAGCAGAACGAAACCAAGCAGAGCGAUGACAAGCCCGAGAUUCACCACAUCGCUGAAGAUGAACGCAAGUUUUUGUUUGAGCUCCUUGGCGAGUCUGUCGCUCUGGACCUCAUUGAGCUCGAUGAGAGCAUCCAAGCCAAGAAGCCGCUGUCUCCUGAGAAGCGUUCGGUUGCUUUUGACGCAGUUACCGAUAGGGCCAAACGUGGCGCCAUCCACCAGGACAUUCGCCGCAUUUUCCGUUCUCGAUUCGAGACCUCUGCCGACGGCAACGGCGUCAUCACCGCAACCGCCGCCCAGUGGGUCAACAAUAGCCGGAACAACAACCGUAGCAACGCUCGAUCCGCUAACUGGGCUGCCCGCCGCGACGGUAAUCGCGAUAAUGCCCGAGGAAAUGUUCGUCACCGGGACCAGGCUCGUGAGUUUGCCUCGGCUGGCGGCGACUACCUCCACUUCACUCUCUACAAAGAAAACAAGGACACUAUGGAUGCUAUGAACACCAUGGCCCGCCUCCUCAAAAUUAAGGCCUCCAACUUUGGCUUUGCUGGUACCAAAGACCGUCGUGCUGCCACCGUCCAGCGCAUCAGUGUGUAUCGCCAAAAGUCUUCCGGCGUGGUCUGGCUGAAUUCUCGCAUCCCCAACCUCAAGAUCGGGGACUUCCAAUACCACAAGAAUCCGCUCCAACUUGGUCACCAUGGCGGCAACGAGUUUGUCAUCACGCUCAAGAAUUGCCAGCCCCUCAGCGGUGACAACUGCUCGCUCGUCCAACGGAUGAACAUGAUUCAGCAGGCUGUCGAGUGUGGCUUGGCCUAUCUCAAACACAAUGGAUACAUCAAUUACUAUGGCUUGCAGCGUUUUGGCACCUACACCAUCGGCACCCACCUUUUGGGAAUGAAGAUUCUGCAGGGCGAGUAUGAGUCCUUCAUUGACGACAUUUUGCAUGUCGACGACGAGCUGCUCAACGAUGUGUUGACCAGCCGUUCUUCUCCCCCAUCGUAUGCGAAUGGCAACGUCGGAAGGGAAGCUCAAAACAACCGGGAUGACCACGACCGUGCCCGGGCCAUCACCUUGUGGAAUACCACCAAAAAGGCCGACAAGGCUCUUGAAUUCCUCCCCAAGCGUUUCAGCACCGAGUUAUCCAUCAUUCGUCAUCUGGGUAAGAACCAGAAGGACUUUACUGGAGCUCUGCUGAGCAUCACUCGCGGCAUGCGCAUGAUGUACAUCCAUGCGUAUCAAUCCUAUGUUUGGAACUUCGUGGCCACCCGUCGCUGGUCCAAGUAUGGCGCCAAGGUCAUUGAGGGUGACUUAGUUUUGGUCCCCGGCACACGUCCUCGUGACCUCAUCGUCGAGGACGAAGUCAGCUCCUACGAUGACAAUGAGGGUGUCAACACAUAUGAUCAGGCCUAUGCCUUGACCGAGGAGGAUGUCGCCUCUGGCAAGUACACCAUAUUCGAUGUUGUCUUGCCCACGCCUGGUUAUGACGUCGUCUACCCUAUCAACGAUAUCGGCGAAUACUACGUGGAGUUCAUGGCUAAGCCGGAGAAUGGCGGCCUGGACCCAUUCGACAUGCGCCGUAGGCAACGAGAGUUCAGCCUGAGCGGUAACUAUCGUCCCUUGAUCGGUCGCCUGAUCGGCUCUCCUCAGUAUGCGGUCCGGGCUUACCGCGACGACACUGAACAAAUGUAUCCCACCGACUAUGACUAUGCCCUCCAGAAGAAGGAGGACGAAAAGGCCGCGAAGGCCAAGGCCCAGAGCAGGGCUGAAGGCAAGCUGACUCCCAAUGCAGACCCUGUGGUCAACAGCUGGGCCCAUUUUUCUCAGAACCCAGAUGCGUACGAUAAUGCGAUCGACACCACGCGCCGCCGCAAGGCCGACGAGGAGACUCCGUUGGAAAAGGGUUUUAUCACCAACGAGACCUGGGUCCAGACAACCGUCGACGGCAGUGCCAAGCGCGUUAAGGUCGCGCGUCACAAGCAGCAGAUCGACCCCGUGAUUACGAACGAGCCGGCGUCCGUCCAGCCCGCUGCUGCGACUCCAUCAUUGAACGUCGACGGCGCCAACGAGGAAGAGAACGACGGCGGAUUUCCUGUUGGCCGGGGCGCUUCCCUGCUUGCAGCGAGCCCGGCUCGCCAGGACACCCCCACCGCCAUUGAUGUUGCCGACCAGAAGGACGUGGAGAUGAACGAGGCGACGCCUACCACGGCGUCUUCCGAGACCCCGGAAGUCAAACAAUCCACAUCCGACUCGAUGGGUUGGUAUGGCGGACAAAUACCCAAGAUUCCUACCGUUGCCACCGAGCCCAUCGCCCAGGCCAACGCUCAAGUUGUCCACGGCGUUCCGGUCCCCGAGCUUCGCACCGUUUCGGACAACCCACUCUUGUCCCCGGGUGUUGCCAUUGACGAAGCUGCCAUCGACCCUGAGGCGACCAAGAUCUCUGUGAUUCUGAAGUUCCAGCUGAAGGCGAGCAAUUAUGCGACUAUUGUGCUUCGCGAGCUCAUGGGCACGACGGUUGAAGAGCUUACUCAGUAA